CCGCCUGUUCACUGCGCUCUUGGCUGGCGCGGUCGAAGCAGCUCGCAGGCUUACUCACGUGUUUCUUAUUCCUUCAUUUCAUUACUCAUAGUUCCUACUGGUGCUCCUCUGUUUCAUGUCUGCUGUAGCCGCUCCCGUUGGCUGUGCUUAUCCGUUCCGUUCCUAGCAUAGGAGUGGUGCUCACUAGAGGUAGUGCUCCUUACCCUACCAUCAUCGCUAGUGCUCCUGCUCCAUCUAAUAUUUGGAAGUGCCUUGCGACGGCCCCCCAGGCUUCAAGAUAGGUCCGCCAGUGCCACCUAAGCCGCCUACGAUGACGAGGCGGGCAUUCAAGAUCUUUACGGUCGACGCGUUUACCAACAAGCCGUAUUGCGGUAACUCGGCCACCGUCGUUUUCCUCGAUCGGGACCAGGAUAUCACCGACGAGCUAAAACAACGCAUUGCCAACGAGAUGAGUUUCUCCGAGACGGCGUUCGUGUCCAAAAAAAAACCGGAGGAAAGCAUUUCAUCUGCAUCAGACUUCUUCCUUCGUUGGUUCACACCGAAAAAAGAGGUUCCUCUUUGCGGGCACGCUACGUUAGCGACGGCGGCGGCACUUUUCGAUAACGGAAACAAAAACAAACGACUAAGCUUUGAUACAAAAUCAGGCACUUUGACUGCGAUUAAGACGGAGGACGGUAAAAUUAUGCUCAAUCUGCCCGCGCGCAUGAACAAACAGGUGAACCCAGGCAUCUACGAUGGUCUAUUCAAGCACGUGAUCGGCGAGCGCCUGGAAGUCAUUGAAGUCCGCUAUUCGACCGAAGAGAUGAAGCUUGUUCUACGUCUCAAAGACAAUACCACCAUGAAGCAGUUGGAAAACUUCAGCCCAAAUUUUGAUAGGAUGAUGGCAUUUAGCGGCGGCAAUCUGACACUCCGUGGAGUCACAGUUACAUUGAAAGGCUCAAAAGAGAACGGAUGUGUCAAUGCGGAAACUGGAGAGGUGUACGACUUCGUAUCAAGACAUUUCGCGCCAUGGUACGGUGUUCCCGAAGAUCCUGUUACUGGGUCGGCCCAUACGGUCCUUGGACCGUACUGGUCCGAGCAGCUCGGUGGAAAAACUAAGUUGUUUGCCCGGCAAGCCUCGAAACGCGGCGGAGAUCUUUACCUGACCGUUCGCAACGAUCAUCGCAUUGAGAUGGGGGGUCAUUGGGUCUGUGUCCGGAAGGGAGAACUCUAUGUGUAAGUCGAGUGUGCCCAGGAGCCCAAGCGCAUUACCAAAGCGUUGAAAACGAUCUGGAAAAGCAACCUAAAGAUGUCGUCGGGAAGGCAGAAAGAAGGAUGCAGGAGUAAAAAAAACCUAAAGUUUGAUUAGUGUCCUUCUUUGCCAGGUGCCCAUCAGGGAAACGUGCUCAUUACACAGAUAUUUAAUAUACGAAAAUGUGAAGAGGAGUACAGAAGGAGAAACAAAAAAUGAGCCCUGAAUGAGAGGUUCUGACGGCGUUCUUGAACGGGGAUGUUUCAUAAAGCAUUGCGACGAUGCACGACUUGUCUUCCCCAUGUCUUCGCCGUACGACACGUGAUAUGUAGAUAGUUUUAGAUGAAACUA